UGAUCAUCAAUCCUAUUAACAGCAUGGUUUUGCUGAGUAAAUUUGUAAUUCCUACAAAAAAUUUUUACAAAAAUAUGCAUCAGAGGCUUAUGCCUCUAAUUCCCUCUGAAUGGCCCUUUAAAAAAGGUCUUGAUAUGAUGCAUUUCUAUGCCUGUCUAACGGGCAUUCCAUUGAUAUUAUUCGUUGCUUAUUGUCACAUAUUUAUCGGUCCUGCGGAAUUGCGAGAAAUACCUGAAGGUUAUAGACCUGAAGAGUAUGAAUAUUUUAAGCAUCCUGUACAUAGAUGGUUUAUCAAAUUUACUAAUACUAAACAACAAAGAACACAUGAAAUGAAUUUGGACUAUCUAACACAACAAAUGGAUGUACAGAAAUGGAGGUACGCUUGGGACCUCUACAGCGAGCUUCAGAGAAAGAACCGAGACUCUAAACAUCUCUGGUACGUACCCGCGACGGAUAAAUACGCGGAAGAUCACAUGCAAACCGACAGGUACCUGGAAGAGAAAGGCGGGGAUGAUUACGGAAUAUUUCAUAGAUAAGAUAUUGGAUGGAUUAUGUUCUGCAAAAUUGCUUCAUCAUGCAUAAUAAACAAAUUUUUUUUUUACUAAU